AAAGACGGGUGAUACCGACAGUGACAUCAUAUAGGUGUGUAAGAUAGAGUGGGCUAGAUGAGUGAUGAAAACGACAUCGUUUUGAUAUAGGGUUUCUGUUUUGCGAUCGAAUCGAGUGGUACCAACCAAAUCAAUCAACGAUUCUCUGCUCGUGCCACUGUCAGUCCACAAUUUCUCCAAUUUUCCGCACAAUCGAAUGUGGAACUUCGCAUCAAAUUGUAUUGCUGGAAAUGUAGGGCUGAAAAAGGAUUCGUCAAACCCAACUCAUUCUGCUUCAGAAUGUUCUGAUGAUGAGACCUCUGUCGUAGGAAGAGAGGAAGGGCUUGAGUGCCCAGUAUGCUGGGAAUCUUUCAAUAUUGUUGAAAAUGUGCCUUAUGUUUUGUGGUGUGGUCAUACACUCUGUAAAAACUGUAUCUUGGGACUACAAUGGGCUACCGUGAAAUUUCCAACGCUGCCGGUUCAACUUCCACUUUUCAUCUCCUGCCCUUGGUGCAACCUUCUAUCAUUUCGUUUAGUAUAUCGAGGAAAUCUUAGAUUCCCUCGUAAGAACUACUUUCUUCUUUGGAUGGUUGAGGGCAUGAAUGGUGACCGAGUAAAAUCACAUUCAACUUGCUGUGGGGAUAAUCAACAACAGUGUGCAAGCAAAGGUAAUUUAACCUUAGGAGGGCAAGUAAACCAUGGAAAUCUUCAGGGGGGGCAAGUCCACCCUCCAGAUACAUCGAACUCCAGUCAGCCUCGGGCUAAUACCCGCAAUCACCUCGAUAUGGAAAGGGUGCAUAUAUCUCUUCGAAAGUCAUUGAUUUUCUUUGUCCAGUUGACAGCUAAGUUCCCGUUGAUCAUUAUAUUUCUUUUGAUUAUCUUGUAUGCAGUACCAGCCAGUGCAGCCAUUUUGGCUCUGUAUAUACUUGUUACAAUUCUCUUUGCUCUCCCGUCAUUUCUCAUCUUGUACUUCUCAUAUCCAAGUUUAGACUGGCUUGUCAGGGAAAUAAUUGCCUGACAUCAUAAGCUAGUUUAAGCUUUUGUUCCAUGAUUUGCCGGCUUCCCCUUUAGUCCAUUACAAGCUGUGUUAGUUCUCUUCUGGCAUACAGCACUGCUCAAUUUAAUACAGUAGUAUAAUCGACUCGGACUUGAUUUCAGCUAUGGUAAAGCUUGGUUGGUUGGUACUGGUAGGUACAGAAUCAGUGCCAUUAAUAGUGUUGAUGUAAACCAAGACUGUGGACUAGCGCCAUGAUUAUGCCCAUGCCGUUUUUCUGGAGGCAAUUAUUUGUCUGGUUUAAUUCCAGUUUUACUUGGGGGAGAAUCGAUCCCGAUACUUGGGGACUACAUUUAUCAAUGUCAUGUUUUGUAUGGUAUGGGUAUUUCUUUUAAUACAGCUUAUAGUUAUAUGUUUGUAUCUUUAGAAAAAAGAGUUAUAUGUUUGUAAAUUGUAUAUAACAAUUGUGUUGUUUGUGUGUAGCCUAUUUUGAAGUACUUUCUGCUUAAUUUUAAGUUGUUUCCUGUGUUUGGCUGCUACAAAUUCCAGCACUCUUUAGGUUAGAUAUGUUUCAUGUAUGGCUGUAUAAUUUGGUAUGGAUCUUGUUUGAGAAAUAUGUCUCAACUGAAGCAUAUUAUGUAUACAGAAGGCAGACAUGGAAAGGGUUUUUGUGUUAA